UCCCCACUGCCGUGACUACAUUUCCCAGAAGGCUGUAGGUAGUGGAGUGACGUCGCCGGAAACAUAUCACGCGUUCCUUCCGGUUGUGCGUGAGUACCGAGCGGAGCCGAGACCCAGCGGAGCCUGAAUCCCGAUAAGACAAGAUGGCCGGGCUGCCCCGCAGGAUCAUCAAGGAAACCCAGCGCUUGCUGGCAGAACCAGUCCCCGGGAUAAAAGCAGAGCCAGAUGAGAGCAACGCACGUUAUUUUCAUGUGGUCAUUGCAGGUCCACAGGAUUCCCCCUUUGAGGGUGGGACAUUUAAACUUGAACUAUUCCUUCCAGAAGAAUAUCCAAUGGCAGCUCCUAAAGUACGUUUCAUGACCAAAAUUUAUCACCCUAAUGUAGACAAGUUGGGAAGAAUAUGUUUAGAUAUUUUGAAAGAUAAAUGGUCCCCAGCUUUGCAGAUCCGUACAGUUCUGCUAUCAAUCCAGGCUUUGCUAAGCGCUCCCAAUCCAGAUGAUCCUUUAGCAAAUGAUGUAGCAGAGCAGUGGAAGACCAAUGAAGCCCAAGCCAUAGAAACAGCCAGAGCAUGGACUAGGCUAUAUGCCAUGAAUAAUAUUUAAAUUCGCUCUGAACAUCAAGUGUGCAUCACUUCUCCUAUUCUGCCAAGACCUCUUCUCUUUUUUCUUUUGUUUGCAUUUAAUGGACACAGUCUUAGAAACAUUACAGAAUAAAAGCCCAGACAUCUUCAGUCCUUUGGUGAUUAAAUGCACAUUAGCAAAUCUGUGUCUUGUCCUAAUUCACUGUUGUAACGCAUGAGCAGAGGCUAGAAAUAUCAUCUGGAUUGUUGUGAAAUUGUUUAAAAGCAGUAGCACAUCUCUGCUUUGAAUAACUUUUUCCAUCAUGAUUUAAGUAUAAGCACUGUGAAUGAAGGUAGUCAGGGUUAGCUGCAGGGUUUUUUGUUUUAAUUUUGUGUGCUCCUCCUCUUCCCUUUUUUUAUGGUGAUGCUAAAUGCAUUGGUUAAAGCAGCUAACCAGUUACACUUUAGGAUAUGCCCUCUAGCCAAGUCUAACUUAGAUGCUGUAGAUGGACAAGCUUGAUUGUUUGAACAAAAAUGGGAACAUUAAACAUCCAUCACCUUCACUAAUAAUAUUGUGAUUCUGCUGUCAAGUGUAGAAACCUCCUUUCAAGAAAAAGCUUGUGACCAUUUUGUAUGGCUUGUCUGGAAGAUCUUCUGUAAAUCUUAUGUUUUAGUAAAAUAUUUUUUGUUAUUCUA